CCGGGGCUCCGUAUAACCUAACCUACUUUAAAAGCCGUUCCCUUUUGCGCGUUCGUGGGUUCGUGUAGCGCGCACAGUUAAACGGAGCAGCAGCAGCAGUGUGUGAAGUGCAGCUACCGGAGCUACGGCAGGUAGAUCCGGGACAGACGAGCGGCGGGUUCAAAACUCACAUAUUCGUAGUAAAAAAAAUAAAAAAAGCGUUCAGUGAGCUCAAAGUGACUUUUUUUUUUCACCGAGACUUUGUUUUCCCUCCACGCUGAGCUGCUCUUUGUUACUACAGAGGAAGAAAUAGGGAGCAGGACGAGUUCUCUGCCAUGGCCAACUUGUCCACAACUUGUUGUUGAUGUUGCUGCAGUUGUUUGGCUGUCAUUCAGGAAUGUGAAGAUGCCACAUUCUUUCAACUCCCUCCCUACGGAAACUUUCAUCUCGAAAACCUUCCCUUUGGACUUGUUCUCCACCAGCAUACACCCUACAGACCCGUACACAACAGACAGCUUCUUCUCCAGUAACAGCAGCAACAGUAGCAGCGUCGGUCCUCUUCCCUGCACCUACAAGGAGGACUUUAAGCGGAUUUUACUCCCUGCCGUGUACACCAUUGUCUUCCUGCUCGGCCUUCCUCUCAACGCUGCUGUCAUACUAAAGAUAUGGGGGACGAGGCCCAAUCUGUCCAAAAACAACAUCUACAUGCUCAACCUGGCCAUAGCUGACUUUCUGUAUGUGAUGUCUCUUCCGUUGCUCAUCUACAACUAUGGCAGUCAUGACUACUGGCCCUUUGGGGAGUUUGCCUGUAAACUGGUCCGGUUUCAGUUCUACAGUAAUCUGCACGGCAGCAUCCUGUUCCUCACCUGCAUCAGUGUGCAGCGCUAUGUGGGCAUUUGCCAUCCAUUCGCGGUGUGGCACAAGCAGGGUGGUCGCAGGAUGGUGUGGUGCAUCUGUGGAGGCGUGUGGCUGGUGGUCGCCAUCCUGUGUGCGCCGACUUUUCACUUCGCUGCAACAGGAAUCCAGCGGAACCGCACAGUGUGCUAUGAUUUAAGUACACCAGACAGUUCCAUUGACUACUAUCCUUACGGCAUGGCUCUGACAUUUCUUGGCUUCUUGUUGCCUUUUAUGGGCGUGAUGGUGUGUUACUGCCGGAUGGCCCACAUCCUCUGCCAGCCAGUGUCCUACCAGGGCGUCUCCAUGGCGACUGGGGAGAAACGAGACAAAGCUGUGAGGAUGAUCAUUGUUGUCGCGGUGGUGUUCUGCAUCAGCUUCCUACCAUUUCAUCUCACCAAGACCAUGUACCUGGUGGUGCGCACCAGUGCCCGGUGUGAGACUAAAAACUUGUUUUCAGUCAUCUAUAAGAGCACCAGGCCGUUUGCCAGCAUGAACAGCUUUCUGGACCCUAUUCUGUUUUACUUUACUCAGCCACGCUACCGCAGGAGCACCAAGAAGUUUAUGCUCAGAGUCACCAGCAUCAGAGACAAGGGUACCAGCGUGUGAGCCAGCAGUAGAUCAUUUACUGCUCAUUUACUGUUCUUAAAGCCUUGUUGCUACACCAGCGGUGUAACCUCUCGUGAUGUACCGGUUUAUGAGAUUUUUAACAUAUGCCCUCAUGACGAUUCUGUUGUUGAUGCUGUGGUCCUUUAAAGGCUUUACCAAUUACUCACUGUACCAGCUGGAAAAAGGCUCUGAGAACAUUGUCAUAUUAAGAAUCUCUGAAUGUAACCGAAAGGUUAAAAUCCUGUAUCAUAAGUAGUAAACUUCAAAGGCCUCCUGUUUGCAUCGUCUUCAAUUGUCAUGUGGGUGUGUUUUAUUGUGGGAAUUCAGGUAUUUUAGACACCUCUCCUUAAGAUUCCUGAAUCCCUGCUGACUUUAUGUCAUCAUUACUGUGGCUGAGGAUUACUGUAAAUUCUGUUCAUCCUGUCAGCAGACCAGACUUUUAACAUCCAGCAUUGUACCUGUGAAAUGUUUACUUUCAGUCUCCACUGUGCACUGGGCUAAAAAAAAAAAAGAGCGAGAUAUGCUCUUUUUUUUACUGAACCUAUGUGAA